UAGAGAGUCAAAGAGAGGGGAGGAAAAACAAUGGCUAGCCUUUCAUUUCAGUCCUCUUUCUUCUUCUUCUUCCUCUUCAUUGCUUCAAUGUGCUUCAUUCAACUUUCAAACGCCGGUGGAGAAGGAUCUCUUACAGCCGCACAAUGUCCGGGGGCGUGUGCUUUUAGAUGCUCUGCGACAUCGCACAGGAAGCCAUGCUUGUUCUUCUGCAACAAGUGCUGCCAGAAGUGCCUCUGCGUCCCGUCGGGAACGUAUGGCCACAAGGAGGAGUGCCCGUGCUACAACAACUGGAAGACCCAGGAAGGGAAGCCCAAGUGCCCCUGAUCGAUAAAUCAUAUUACUAGUCCAGAUUGCUCCCAUUAGUAUCUUUACAUUUUAUCUCGAGAAAUAAAUCUCCUUUCGGCGUGUUGAUCUCCAGAGUACUUGUACCUUUUUAUAAAAAUUUAUAUUACAUAUCCAUUCUAUGUGAAAGAGAGGUGCCAAUACUAUGUUGGUGCUGCAAUUCUCGGCACAUUUGGUCCGGAC